GAAAUUCUCGUUUAUACGGACUAUCGACAUUUUAUGUUGUAAAACGUUCAACUUUCACACUUGAAUCAUGGAAAUCGGUACAGAAAUUAGCCAAAAGAUAAAAACCGCAAUCAAGACCAAACUUGUAGAGUUUGGCUCGUAUGUAGAUGACGAGCUUCCCGACUAUAUAAUGGUGAUGAUUGCAAACAAGAGAAGUCAAAUGCAAAUGAUUGAAGAUUUAAAUCUGUUUCUUGGGGACAACAGUAAACAUUUUUGUGAAUGGCUGCAUGAUUUACUGUCAAAGUUGCAAGAAGUAACAGAAGGUGCAUUUGAAGUUAAAGUUCCAUUGAAGAGGAAAUCAACAGAGAUGAAACCUGCGGCUAACCCAGAAGAGAAUGAAGCUUUGAAAAUAUCAAAAAUAUCUCGAAAACCGAGUCCCAUCAGGGUAAAAUGUGAUACAGAUGAUGAAAAAAAUGGGGAAUUGUCACAUGAGAGUGAAGAAAAAAAGAACACUGAAAAACGAGGAAGAUCUAAUCAACGACAGGACGAGAGACAUUCACAUGCCAUGCAAAGUACAAUUACUAUUCAAAAGAGACCAAGUCUCCCGCCAUCAAAGCAAGCAAAUCCUAUGUUACUAAAGAAAGCAAUGCAAGAAGCUAAGGUGUCUACAGAUUGUGGCGAAUAUAACCCUGAAGUACCUUCAACAGAAUUGCCAGCAGUUUCUGAUGCGGAAACAAAAAGACAAAAACGAGCACAACUUCUUGAAGAGCACAAAAAACUCGAAAGAUUGAAGUCGCAACAGGAAGACGAAAAUAUGGAGGAGCCUGUGCUUGAGUUACAAGUUGCUCAAGAUGAUGAUCUUUUCAAGACAGAGGAACCUGCAGUUGCCAUUAAAGAUCGCAGGAUAGUGGUUGAGAAGACACCAGAACGUGAGAACAAACUGGAAAAGGAAAAGAAGGAAAAGAGUAGGAAAGAAAGGAAAAGUGAGAAAAGGAGAAUGGAAGAGAAUGAACAAGAACAGUCUGGUUCUGGUAGUAGUGAUGUUGAUGAGAAAAAUGAAAAAGUGAAGGAGAGAAAUGUCAAGUCUAAAGAGAAACGGAAGAAACCAAGAUUUAUCGUCACACUGGAAGGUGUUGGCAGCAAGUUUGAGGAGAAAUAUGAGAAAGAACAUUCAAAAAGGAAGCGGAGACGCAAGGGCAGCCAGAAAGAGGAGGUCAAACAGGAGAUAAAUAGAGAAGUACCUGUGAUGCCAGUCUUUCCCCAGUUGAUCCAUGGUGUCCAUCAAGUACCUGGGGUGAUCCCAGCUCACCUCAAUCAUCCUCUUAUACCAUCAAUAGCACAAACAAUUCACAUGCCACCACCACAAACAACAAUGGUCACAGCACCUCAUAUGCCACUGGAAAGAGACAUCCAACAAGUCAAUGAAUAUGAGGAAUUUGAUGAAACUGAUAAAGAAAAGGGAGAGUGCCGGUUUUGGCCCCAAUGUAAAAACGGCAAUGAUUGUCCAUUUUAUCAUCCUGACGUGACAUGCAAGCAUUUUCCCAACUGUCGAUAUGGUAGUGACUGUAGCUACGUUCAUCCACCAUGCAAGUUUGGUUCAAGAUGUACAUCCACUUCAUGCAAAUUUUCACAUGACGAGACAACAGUCACAAGCCCCUCAGAAAAUGAGACUACAGUUUGUCGAUAUCAUCCCUUUUGUACGAGGAACAACUGCCCGUUCUUGCAUCCUGUUGAUAAGCCUUGUCGCUUCGGGAAGAAUUGUACUCGACCUGGCUGCGUUUUCAAGCAUGCCACUCCGCCAUCACGUGAACAGUUAAAGUGGGUCGCACCAGCGCCAGCCAAGGUUCAUGUCAGCGAAAGACAAUUUGCAGUAAAUGAGACGAAAACAACUGCUUUACCGGUGCAAUGAUGUGCAAAAAUGUCUGGGGUAUGAAGGUACCCUUUUAUGAUAUGUGAAUAUGUGAAACAAUAAAUUUUAUUGU